AUGGCCCCCGACAUUGCUCGGCCAUCAAGUUCUGCCCGACGCAGCACAACGGGCAUUCCCCCGAAACCCGACGCUUCAUUGGCCGAAUGGACGAGCAAGAUCAAGGCGAUGCAGAAACAGGUCGACGAGGACGAGGAGGCGGAAACUCGUCGACUAGAGAUGGAGAUCCAGGCAUCGAGGAUCGCUCGCAUGCGCAGGAGCACGAACCUUGGAAGUCGGACGAACAGCGUUGAUCUUUCCCAAAGUGGAACGGUCGCCGCGCUCAAGGAGGUCGACCGAUCACCCCAGUCGAAUGAUCCCCUCGCACUUAAAGACCGUCAGAGCAACCAGGACGACGCCCUCCGCAAGCUCAUGGGCGACGGCUCGCCGAAGAUGUCGGCCACCACAACCACUUCCCCACCAUCCACCUCGUCUACAUCUUCGUAUGGACCUGCGGCGGCGAAGCGAGGCGCUGAACCUAUCUCUCUUGCCGCCUUCAUGGGCGGUCGCGCAACGGGUCCGAGGCUCACCAAGCACGCUCCACAGCAGGAUGCGCACGACCCAACACAAUUUGAACAGCGCACGCACGUCGCCGCGCCGCAUCCCGUAUUCGGACGGGGCGGCGUCGCGAUGCCGGGCAUGACGGGUUCUGGGAGUGUGUCGGCACAAUCUCGCGCCAUACGGGAUGAAGAGGCUCGGUCAACCGUCUCUACAAGCUCUACGGCGAGCACCAAGGGGCGAUAUACCAUUUCACCAUCGACCCCGGCAACCGUUCGCUCGAUGGUUGCACAGGCUCAAGAACGUGAGUCUCCCACACCCAGCUACACUAGCACAUCCCAGGUGCCAGCCCGUCAACGCACGAUCAGCACUCCAAGUGUUCCUCCAUCUCCCGUGAAGCCCACCACUCCCAAACCAUCGACUCCUGCGGAGACCUUCACUACCAAGCCGAAGGCCGACAUCAUCUCCCGCCCAUCCUCCAAGUCCCCCAAUCAUACCAUCAUUCGUCCCAUCACCCCCCGCACCAGUACCGGGACCAAGUCCCCGUCACCGUACAACCCUCAGACCUCGAACACCACAAAGUCGAUGGUUGCACUCCCUGGCCUCGCGCGACCCAUUCAGCCUUCCCCAAGGAGUUCCAUCGGUAGCCCACAGAUGCCACCCUCUCACAACCCGUCACCGGCGUUCCUGAAGCCCCCACAAGAGAAGGGGCCCACUCCCAGUUUGAGCCGACUCAAGGGUAGAGGAUUCGUGAAGAACAUGGUCGAGAAGAGCGCUGCCCUGGAGAACAUCUUCCCACCUGAAGUCCCCCCGCUCCCAGAACGCAUCCUCUCUCCUACGAAGAGGCAGAGCACCGGUGCUGUACUCGACCGAUGGCAACCUGUCAGCACGCCUUCUCCACCUCCAGUCGUUUCGCCCAAGCCCUCCCCAAUGCGCAAGUCGCUGACGACUGAGCCUGCUCAAGUGUCGCCCACCACGGCCACUUACACUGUCCCCCUCAAGCGGGAGAACACAGCUCCUGCGACGGUUCCGACCCUUAGCAAGAAGUCUUCGAUGCCGACGAUGAAGCCAGGCGAACAGCCCGUGGACCCGAACUUCACGGGCUGGUUGGGUUCUUCCAAGACCGUCAUCACAUACGUUGAACCCACCAAGACCGGUGAACAGCAGCAUGCCCCUCUAAGUGAACAACGGACAGAAGUGGACGAGCUCGGCAUGCGCGUCCGACCACGGACAACGAGCGGGGGCUUGGUGCAGGAGCGGGGCGAAGCAGGGAUGCCUGCGGCAGGCAAGCCGCUCAGUCAUCCCACAAAGGACCGCGCGAAGAAGCCUCGUAAGGGCAAGGGUAGCAUACCCACAACAACCCUCGCUUCCUCUACCCUCGACACCGUCCACGAGGCGCCCGCGGCACGGUCCGCAUUGCAAACGCGUUCACCUGCGGGCAGUCAGAAGCAGCCAUCCGUUCUCUCCCAGGCUCAGACGAGCUCCCCAACUUCCCAAUACCCGUCUCCACCCGCAUCGCAUGGUCGAGCAGUAUCCCCUGCCGCGUCCGCUCCGGCGCCCGCGCCAUGCUCCACCCCCUUCCCUACAACAUCCUCCGCCUCUGACAAGCGCACGCCGCCUGUGGGCGCUCUGCCCACGCCGUUCGGCGCGCCUCGCGGGCCCGGCGGUACAGGGGCGCAGCCCCCGCCAGUGCGUCAGCGCAUCCCCAGCACGGGCAACCGAGCGCGGGUUAUGGAAGUCGCCCAGGCGUUCUCGGAGGAGAUGCGGCGCCAGGCGCCGGCUUCACCGCAGCCGCCUGCAUCGCCGGAGCAGCAGCAACGCGAGCGGGAGCAGCAGGUCCAGGUCCAGCAGCAACAGGAUCAAACCGAAGAGGACUGGACCCCGCCCAGCGUGAAGAACAUGGUCGCGACCUGGGGCCCUCGUGCGACGGUUCAGCCACAUGCGUAUGGGGCGAGCGGGACCAACGGCGCUCAGCCACGGGCCCAGUCGAUCACCGCGCCGCCGUUGGAGAAGCGCAAGUCGAGCUAUGAACGGUACUCGCAGUUCAUCAUGCCUCCCCUUCAGGAAGAGAAGACUCCGGCGCCAUCACCUGUGAGCACGCUGAAGAAGGACGCGGCAGCGCCUGAUCCUGCGUUAUUGGAGAGCGACGAGGACGGGGAUGAGAACCCAGAGUCGGCGGAGCGCAAGCCACUCUCGUUCAACGAGUAUGUACAACCAGUCGAAGACGUGGUGGUUGAUGAGGAAGUUGUGCAACCCUCGAAGGACGAGACUGUUCACCUUGCUUUCGAAGACAAGCCUCUCCCGCGUGUCGAUGUUGAAGCUCUCCACGUCGCUCCUCGUCCCAGAUACACGCCGGACCCCGACAUCAACACCGUUUCUGUCGAAGUUAUGUCCAUUGAGACCAACAACACCACUCCCAUUUCCAACCCCCCUCACAUCUUCCAUGACACGGAGCUUCUCGCGAUCGUCCACCGUGCCAAAGCCAAGUCAUCCGGACUCGUUACCACCCGUGUUUGGGCAUGGCAGGGUCGCCGCGCGCAGCCUUCGGAGCGUGCUCUGCAGCGCAUCACGGAAUUGGCGAGGCGGUACAACACCAGCGCGGAGCAGGUGAAGCAAGCGCGGGAGCCUGUCCAGCUUGUUGGAGUGCUGGGCGGUACGUUGGUGGUCAGGCAGGGCGCAAGGGCACACUGGAGUGCUGAGAACACGGCGAUGCAUCGAGUACAGUCCAGACAGGGUUUGGUCUUCAUCGACGAACUCGAGAUCGGCGUCAAGAAUCUAUGCUCAGGCUUUAGCUACUGUGUUUCCAUCCUCGAGACCUUCUACGUCUGGCAUGGCCGCGGAGCCGUACCCACUGAACAGGCGGCAGCACUGGCAUAUGCUCAAUCACUCGCCCCAUCCCCCGAUAGUAUCGUCGAGCUUACGGAGGCGGAAAGUGAGUUGGAGGACAUGUUCUGGAUGGUUCUGGGAGAGGGAGACUACGCGCGAGCGGAUUACUGGAGGUGGCGAGCAGAAACGGAGAUUGUGGACCCACGUGUGUGGGUGGUGGAUGCCUCUCGGAAGGACACACUGUUACCUGUGCCUGUAUUCCCUGCGUUUGACCAGCACGUCCAGUCGGUGUUUUUGGUUGACUGCGUUUGGGAGUUCUUCGUUUUGGUCGGCCAGGAGGCACGGCACAAGCGGUCUGAAAUCCGUCUUGCCAUUUCUGUAGCAGAGUCUCUUGCUCAGAAAGUAUCGCCCACUCGCCCAUUCAAACCCGUUGUGCAUGUUCUCGUAUUCCCCACAAGAAUACCCACGGAUCUUCUACUUACGUUCCGAGAGCUCGAGGAGGCCGAGUUUAACGCCGGCGAUGUACCUAAUCACAUGAACCUUAUACCCAACAACGAGACGGACACCAAGCUGAAGAUGACCUCUUGGUCGUCUGCAGAGCUGCGAGAUCCAGAUAUGCUCCCACUAGGCGUGUGCCCAUCGGAUGUCAGCUGA